GCAUCCGGGUCCCGCUUGGCCGAGUCUUCAGCGCACCUGAAGCCGAGGCGAGAGCGGACCUACGAAGUUUGUCAGCUCCGGGACGCCAUAGAGGCUUUUGCCCGGGCCGGGCUCAGCCCAGGAGACCCCGAUGGCCGCGGUGUUUCUGGUGACGCUCUACGAGUACUCGCCGCUCUUCUACAUCGCGGUGGUCUUUACCUGCUUCAUCGUCACCACCGGCCUGGUACUAGGAUGGUUUGGUUGGGAUGUUCCAGUAAUUCUGAGAAAUUCAGAAGAGACCCAGUUCAGCACAAGAGUUUUCAAAAAACAAAUGAAACAAGUCAAGAACCCUUUCGGCUUAGAGAUCACUAACCCAGCCACAGCUUCAGUAACAACCGGCAUAACCUUGACAACAGAUUGCCUUGAAGACAGUUGCCUUACCUGCUACUGGGGGUGCAGUGUCCAAAAAUUAUAUGAAGCGCUACAGAAACACAUCUAUUGCUUCAGAAUAGCCACCCCCCAAGCACUGGAAGAUGCUCUGUAUAGCGAAUAUCUCUACCGGGAGCAGCAUUUUAUUAAAAAGGACAGCAAAGAAGAAAUUUAUUGCCAGCUACCAAGAGAUGCUAAAAUCGAAGACUUUGGUGCAGUUCCCAGAUCUUGCUAUCCAUUGGUAGCACUGUUGACUUUAGCUGAUGAGCAUGACCGGGAAGUUUACGAUAUUAUUUCCAUGGUAUCAAUAAUUCACAUUCCUGAUAAGACUUAUAAACUUCCCUGCAGAAUUUUGUAUCAAUAUUUACUGCUGGCUCAAGGUCAACUUCAUGAUCUUAAGCAACUUUUCAUGUCUGCAAAUAGUAAUUGCACUCCCUCCAGUAGUCCCUCUCCAGAAGAAAGGAAUGCAGACCGGAGCCUUUUGGAGAAGGCAGGACUGUCUGAAAGUGAAGUGGAGCCCGUGGAGGAGAACAGCAAGGACUGUGUGGUAUGCCAGAACGGGAGUGUGAACUGGGUGCUCCUGCCCUGCCGGCAUGCCUGCCUGUGCGACAGCUGUGUGAGAUACUUCCAGCAGUGCCCGAUGUGCCGGCAGUUUGUGCAGGAAUCCUUUGCACUUUGCAGUCAGAGAGAACAAGAUAAGGACAAACUGAAAACUCUUUGAAGAUGUUACAAUGGAAAGUACACUUUCUACUUAAGAUGCAAAACUUGGUGUCCUUAGAAUUAAUCCUAACACAGAAUCUACAGUAUUGACUAUUGAAGAGAAUUCUGUUUUCACUUCAUAUUUGUACAUACAUGGAGGUGAAAAUUAAUUCUUCCUUACUGCUCAGUAUGGUAAACACUGGAAUACUAUGUUGACCCAUGAAAUUUCAUUCAACUCAAUUCUUGAGAAGAAUGUAAAUGCUUUGCUUCUUACCAGCUACAAGAUUUCAUGUAGUGUUGAUGAGAAUCAUUUUGAAAAGCCAUCCAUCUGAAAUUCCAGGAGGUAUAAGUCUCAAGACGGCCAAAAGUUUUCCUUCUUAAUGUAAUCUGGAGUGAAGUUAGGAAAAAACUGAAUUCUUCUUAAAGUAAUUAUAUGUCCCCCAGUUUAUAAAGGAGUUAGACAGGGACUUUUUACCUUCAACUGUCUCCUGAAAUACAUUUUUAUAAGUAUCCAUCUGUUUGGUUUAGAAUUUUCCUUAUCAUCAUAGUUACAUAAACAUAAGUUUAAAGUUUUAAAUGUAGGCUCUUAAAUCAUAAACACAAGGUACAGUUCUUGAUGGUUCCCAGUGUGUCAUAGAUUAAGAAUGAUUUACAUCUACAGAAGCAGACACGUAAAACCUGGAUAAUAAAGUUCCAUGGAUAAUUACA